CUCAUUCUCUCAGCCCUUCCAACCGCCCGCCAUGGCUGCCGCCGAUGAAUACACAGACACCAUGAGCUUAAAAAUAGCAGAGCUCAUGAAAGAAGUCCAACUAGAUUACUCUUCUUCAACAAUAACUAAAACCAUAAACGACACCGUUUCAUCUAUCAAAGAUUGCAUCAAUGGUAUUCCUGAAGAUAUUAAGGUUACUGCGGAGUUGGCACCCAGGUUUAUAAGUGAUAUUGGUGCGGAUAAAGUUGAGUUUAAGUUUAAGAGACCGAAAUCGAUUGAAGUCGGCGGAAGCUAUUCGUUUCAAUGUGUUGUGAAACCUGAUGUUAAUGUUGAUCUUUUCGUCCGGUUGCCCAAGGAGUGUUUCCAUGAGAAAGACUUUUUGAAUCAUAGAUACUAUGGCAAAAGAUGCUUGUAUCUAUGCGUUGUCAAGAAAUACUUGGAAUCUUCUUCCAUACUUCAUAAAGUAGAAUGGUCCUCGUUUCAAAAUGAAGCUAGGAAACCUAUUCUUGUUGUAUAUCCUGCUGUGAAAUCUGCUGGACUUGAAGGGUUUUCUAUAAGGUUGAUUCCAACAGCAGACUCUCUUUUCAAUGUUCAAAAGUUGAACAUCGAGCGCAAUAACCUUCGAAUUUUGAGUCAAGGUGAACCUCAAGCUACCCCUUUGUACAACAAUAGUGUAUUAGAAGACAUGUAUAUGGAGCAUGGUUCCGAAUUUGUCAAAAAAACUUUUACUGGAUGGAAGGCUUUGGGACAGGCUUUAGUUUUGCUUAAAGUGUGGGCUCGACAGAGACGUUCUCUACACACUUAUGAUUCUUUAAAUGGGUAUCUUAUCUCAAUCAUAAUGGCAUAUCUUGCCUCAGAAUCUGGUAAAGCACGCGUUAACAAGGCAAUGUCAGCUAUGCAGAUAUUUCGUAUCACCUUGGAGUUUAUGGCCACUUCGAAGUUGUGGGGCAGUGGGAUAUUCUUUAAGCCUCAGGGAGGAAGCGAUAUGUCUAAGGAGGAGAGGAAGAGAUAUGUAGAGUAUUUUCCGGCAGUCAUAUGUGAUUUAUCAGCUCAUUUCAAUUUAGCAUACCGUAUGACAAAGGGUGGUUUGAUUGAGCUUCAAGACGAGGCUGCUUUGGCGCUCAAGUGCAUAGAUAAAUGUAAAGAGGGAGGGUUUGUUGAGUUAUUUAUGACCAAGGUUGAUUUUCCUGCUAAAUUUGACUAUUGCAUGAGAUUGAACUUGAAGGGGAAAGCAGAAGUUUCUGUACAAGGGUUUUGCUUGGAUAAUGAAUGUUGGAGAUUGUAUGAGAACAAGGUACUUUCUUUGCUUCAAGAAGGCUUAGGAGACAGAGCGAAGUUUGUCCGUGUGACAUGGCAGAAUACAGCAUUGGCAUGCGGCAUCAGUGAUGGUUUAUCAGUGCUUGACAAAGAGCCACUGAUGGUAGGAAUUUCUGUCAGCUUACCAGAAGCUUUUGAUGAGUAUACGAGGGGUCCCUUUUUCGGGGACGGAGUAGAGGCUCUUAAGUUUCGGAAGUUUUGGGGAGAGAAGGCAGAGUUGUACCAAUUCAAAAGUGGUACCAGAGAAUGCGUUUUGUGGGCAUGCAAGCCAGCAAAGAGAUACCUGAUAAUAAAGUGGGUCACUGAGUACGUGCUUAAGCGGCAUCUAUCCUUGGCAGAAGAAAAGAUUGUGCAUGCUGUUGAUCAACUUGAUUUUUCAUUGAUUUGUGACGGUGGAGAUCUGGCUUCUGAUGGAAGUUUACUUGAAAGUUUUGGUACUCUAUCAAAGCGUUUACGUCUUCUCAAGGAUGUUCCAUUAAGAAUCUCCAGUGUGCAGCCCUUGGACGCAGCUUUCCGACACACAACGGUUUUUCCACCUAUGCCUCAUCCAUUGGCUAGUGGAACCAAAGCUGGAAAGAAAAUCAUGCCGACGUGUAUACAGCCGAUGGAAGUUAUGAUUCAGUUGGAAGGUUCAGGGAACUGGCCAAUGGAUGAUGCAGCAAUUGAGAAAACUAAAACUGCUUUCUUGCUACGAAUUGGAGAAUGCCUACAGAAGGAUUAUAAAAUGAAAUAUUGUCCGUCCGAGGAAGGUGUGGAUGUUUUUUUGUCUGGAUACGUGUUUCGCUUGAAGAUUUUGCAUGAGAGAGGCCUCAACCUGUUAAAUGGACAAGCUGAAAGCUACCAAGUUAAACGGGUUUCCCCAACGGAUAAAAAUCUUUUCCUCAGAAGUCAGCAUUCAAGCAUGAUUAAUGGUUUUUCUGGUCGAUAUCCAUUAUAUGGACCAGUCGUUCAAUUGGCAAAACGAUGGGUUGCCGCACACCUCUUCUCAGCUUUAUUCACGGAGGAGGCAAUUGAGCUCCUGGUUGCAUAUAUCUUUCAAAAGCCCUUUCCAUUUUCUGCUCCUUGUUCACGAGUUUCUGGCUUUACGAGGUUUCUGAGACUAUUGUUGGAGCAUGACUGGAUGUUUACUCCUUUGAUUGUUGAUAUAAAUGAGGAUAUGACGCCAGAUGAUGAAAAGGAGAUUAAUGAAAAGUUUUCAUUAAGUAGAAAAGCUUAUGAAGAAGGGACAGGAAGUGUAACCUCUGCCAUGUACAUAGCCACAGCUUACGAUAAGGGAUCUGAAGCCUGGACCAGCUCGUCUCCAAGCAUACUAGAGCUUAAUAGGAUGACUGCCUACGCUAAAAGUAGUUCAAACUUGUUGACCAAACUCAUUAUGCAAGGUCAGAUAGAUUCUUACGACUGGGAGUGCAUUUUUCGUACUCCAUUGAACAACUAUGAUGCCGUCAUUUUACUUCAUAGAGACAAAUUGUCUCACCCAGAACAUCUUCUUUUCCCAUCUGAACUGACUCAUGGGAAGCUUGUGGCACGAGGAAAUGCAAGCAAGACUUUUCAGCCUUAUUUGUUGACUAAUGGUGUGAAAGGUAGCACAAAGGAUCUUCAAGAACAGCUAUAUUUGAAUUUCAAUCCAUUGAUGUGCUAUGUCAAAGAUUUGGAGAGUGCUUUUCCAGAUAGGUUCAAGCUGUGGUAUGAUUCAUUUGGUGGUGAUGCGAUUGGCCUUACAUGGGAAAAGGAAAACUUAAAGAAGAGGAGACGAGAAGAUGAUGACAAUGUAAAGAAAAAUAUGGCGGAUAUUCUGAAAGAUGUUGGUAAAGUUGGAAAAGGAUUAGUAAAGAGUAUACAUUUGCUAAAAGUGCCAAAAUAAGAAGAUACUACCAAUUUUGAAAUGUUAAGGGGGCAAUUUUGACUCUAAUUUAUUGACAUGUAUAUUCCAUUCCAGUUGCUGGUUUUGAGAUCUUGUUCUAGGAAAUUUUAAUGUUCUAAUCCAGUAUAGUAUUGAACGUCUGGUUGUUUA